CGUUUCUGAUUUUUUAAAAAAUGUGGAACAGUGAGUCAAGUGCAAAACAACUUGUUCUCAAAGACAAGAGAGUUAAUAACAUCUGAGGUGACACUGACCACAUGGAGCGAUUGAUCCUAUGCUCUCCUGGUACAGAUAGCUUUGCUGUGGCCGGAGACGCAGCAGCUACCAAGAUAGUCGAGUUGGCCAAAAGGAACCGAGAGCUGACUGGUGCCGUUGAGCAGGAGAGGAUGAAGGUCAAACAGGCCACCAACAGGAUCAAAGACCUGGAGAAGGAGCUGCAGGAUUUGCUGUCACUCAGCUCUGCUCUCGGUAAAGAAAAGAUGGCAUCCAUGCUGCAAGAGCCACGGCCAACACAGAUUUUGGCUGACAUUCCCGAAGUGAAAAUCCUACAAGAGAAGCUCUCUGCCGCCAAUUUUAAAAUGACGGAAUAUCGAAAUCAGAUCCAAGCAGUGAAACAGGAGAUGAAAAUUGCACAGAAGGUCCUGAGCAGCGAGUUGGGUGAGGAUGUCAACAUCCAGCAGCUGCUGAGCUCUCCGGGUGGCUGGAGGGGACGUUCCCAACAGAUCCUGGCCCUGCAGAACCGGGUGCAGGAGCUGGAGCAGCAGCUGGAACAGGCCACCCAGACCAGGCAGCGGGCCCUCUCUGGGCAACAGAAGGACAGUACGGGCCUGGAGAGGUUACAGAGGAUCCCACUGCCACGGGACAGGAACAUUCACCUCCGAAACAUGGAGCGAGAGAAGCGAGAGGCCCUGGAGAAGAUCACAGAGGAUUAUGAGUCUCUGCUGAGGGACCAUGAGGAGCUGAAGAAGAAGCUUGAUGCGUCAAAGGCCAGGAACAAGGUCCUGUGCUCAGAGGUGAAGCUGCUGAAGAGCCAGAUCACGACCCUCCUGGACAAGGGAAAGCAUGACGAUGAGCUGGUAGACACCUUGUUGAAGCAGCAGGCCCAGCUGCAGGAGGCACUCAAGAAGCUGAGUCAGCAGCAGCUGCUUUCCAAGGAGGCGCAGCAGAACCUGGACCAGCGACUAAGCAGCGAGGCACAGCGACACGGUGCCAUGGUGGAGCAGCUCAGGCUCAUGGUCGCCGAGAGAGAGGCCAAGGUCAGAGAGCUGGAGGAGGAGGUCCGACAGCUGUUGCUCAGGAGCCACGAUGGUAAGGCCUCCUGUUUCCGGGCUGCUCUUCAUACUUCUAGACCUCUCUCAACGGAGGAGGAGAACACCAAGAGGACACUUGAUGCACUGCCCGCUGUUUAGCUCUCCAAGCCCAUUUCCUAGAAGCUUCCAUGGCUGCUCCACUUGCAGACCUGUGACCUUGGAUACUGAGGGUUACGCUUACCUGGGUGUCUUUGCACCUCAUUUUGAAUGGAUUACUCUCUGGAAGACAGCAGUGAGGCCCCCCAUGGGCUGAGAACCUUAACCACCCUGUGGUUCUCCAGAGCUUAGCAUGACCACAGACAACUCCAUUCUCACUCGCCAGCUGCUGGCCCACAGAAAGGUGGGCUUUGUCCCCACGCUGGCUCCCUCCUUCCACCCUUCUUCCAGGGCUUGGAUGCACAAUCCCAGCCUACCUGUGGUUUCUGUCCACCACAAGGCACAGCUAGGAGGAGCCACUAACACAUUUCUAACCUAGUCAGGCCUGGGAGGAUGCUAUUUGCCUACCUGAUAGACAGCAAGUUAUGGGGUGGAUGUCAUCAUGGUACCUUUCCUCAUACCCUGUGUCCCCAGACCCCACAGGUUACUGCACUGGAACAGCUCUGAAGUGUAUCUUGGAGCCAUGAAAAGCACUCUUACCUGGAGACUGAACCUGGAGAUGGAGCUCACGUGUUCCACCGUGAUAUCAGAUACUGUAGACUGACAGGGUGGCUGUCAACACAGUGACCCUUCACCUGUCCAGCAGCAGCUUUGCCUCCCCAGCUUGGGCAUUUUUCAUGAAAACAUUUUGUUAAAUCAAGGUAAAACACAAAGUGAAAGUGGGAAGAGGAAAUUCAUAGACAUUAUGUGGCCUUGACUGAUGGUUUUCAUUGGUUCACCAGUUUACUACUAACCUUCACCUCUUGAUCACUUUACUUUCUGGUUUUACUGAACCUGACCACCCUGUCUGCAACUUUGCUGCCCAAGUUCCUUACCUCUCAGUGGGUAUUAAGGAGGAUCCACGGUCCACAGUCACAUUUAGGAGCUUCUUUUCUUGACCCUCUUGUUCUGUUUUGUUCUGUAAUUACUUGUAUUUCACGCUUUUGAAUUUUUUAAAAUUUAAUCAGUUAUUAUUGUAAAUCUUGUGUUAAUGUCAACUUCAAUAUAAUUUUUACUGUACAGUGCUUUGAGAAACUUUUUAAAGGUGUUACAUAAUAUAUACUGUAGUUUAUUUCUAAUGCCCUAAACACAACAGGAAAAAAAAUUCUUUGAUUGCUACUACUUCUGCCACACUUGACUUUUCUGUUUUUGAUACAUAUUCUUGGUACACAUUGUGUUUUUGCAGAAACUUCAAAAUGCUAAUACAACACAGUGUAUUAUAACCCUUUCCUCUAUACACACCAGGGACAGAAAAGGUAGGACGUCCAGCACAAACUCUGGCCUUUAUUUAAAAAAAAAAAAAAAAAAAAACCAACAAUCAGAACUCAAAUACUCCCUUUGAUAAGAUGUAAUUAGGAUUUUAAAAUGUGUCAAACACAAUAUUGUGACAAAGAAAUGGCGGUUAAAUCAAAAACCUUAAAGUCAAAUAAAAGACAAACAACAGUUAGUGGUUUGUUUUACUCAUUCAAUGCAAAUUUCACACCCUCUGUUUAUUUUUCUAUUUAAUCUUUACAACAGCCCAUCAGUAUUGCACUCCCACUGCUGGGUUGUGUUUGCAUAUGGCUACAAACAAUGUAGUUACAGCUUUACAGGUGUUUCAGAAUUUAAAACAAAGAUGCAGGUUUUGGAUCUUUUUAUCCAUUAUGAAAAACAAAAAACAAACAGAAGCCAUGCCUCCUGACUAGUCAGCUUUAAUAAA